CGUAAAUAUCAUCCAAUCGCCUGUAAAAGAGGGCGUGAUUUCCUUACUCGGGGCUCGCAAGUGCCUGAAGUUUAUAACUCGGCGCUGCAGCUCGAGAAGAAUGCAGUGUCUUGAUACGGAUGCGCGUGUGGGAUUUUUAAACUCUCGGUCUGCGUUCUUUUAACUUUCAACCGUCCUGUUGUUUUUAUUGUGGAUUUUAUUUGCACAGAAGAGGACAUUUACGCAGUGGCUUCUGACGGCAGAUGGCUAGAAGCAUGUUCUCGCAGCGGCAGAGGACUGCAACAGCCACUGUGGUGUUUUGCAGACUUGUACUAUUUGCAGUGACUCUGACAGGUAUCGCAUCCACGCAAGUUUUUGACAGUUUAGGAUUAUAUUAUGCCCUGCGACCGGAACUAUCAGAGGAUGCUAUUCUUGUCGCUAACAAUGGAAUACGUGUGCCGUUUGGAAGACCCGUUUUCAUUGAUCCCAUCAAUGAUUUAGUGAUUCAAGUUCAGCCAGGAGACAGAUGCAGCAUAACUGUUUUGGAUAAUGAUCCUUUGUCACAGAGACCCGGACAGCUUUUCCCAAAGAAGUUUUCAUGUGAAUUUGGUCCCAACGACGUGAAGUAUACGCAUUUUGGCUCGAGGAGCCCUUCAAAGGACCGAGUGAGGUUGCAGCUCAGGUAUGACACUCAAACGGAUACCAUUAUAAUACCGUUUAUGAUGGAAGUUGAGGUCGUUUUUACGCAGUUGGAGGUGCUAACCAGAAAUAUGCCACUCACAGUUGAAAAACUUCUUGGCACUAGCAAUCCAAUCGACAAAAAAAUUUUGGAGUUUACUUUUGAUAGAAACUCACAGCAGUGCAAGAUAUCAUCCUUAGCUAGUAGCAGCACGUUGCCCAGGUACGGCAAACUUACUGAUGACGCCAAACUGGGGAAAAUGGUGGACUGUGAUGAAUUUCUGAAGCUAAAUAUACGCUAUCAGCACACAUUCACCCACAGGUCUCCAAACAGAGAUUACAUUCCCAUGAUUGUGGAAUUACAGGACAAGGAGGGAAAUUUGCUCAAGCAAGAGUUUUUUCAAAUUAUGGUGCGCAUAAGAGAGGGAGAGGAAAAUAGCGCCCCCAAGCCUAGUUUUGUAGCGAUGAUGAUGAUGGAGGUUGAUCAGUUUGUCAUGACUGCCAUAACCCCCGAUAUGCUUGCUGCAGAGGACAUAGAAUCCAAUCCUGAUGAUUUGAUAUUUAACAUCACCUCCCCUCUCUCCUUCGAGGAAGGCUACAUUGUGAGCACCGAUGAUAGGAAUAUGCCAAUCACAUCCUUUUAUCAGGGAGACCUGAAGGAUCUAAAAAUAGCCUACAGGCCCCCAUCUGUUGAUUCAGACGCAGAGAGAAUUUUUCAGAUCGAGUUCGAGGUGGUGGACACCGAGGGGGCCGUCUCCGACCCCUUUGCGUUCAUGAUCGUGGUGAAGCCCAUGAACACGCUGGCGCCCGUGGUGACCCGGAACACGGGCCAGCUCCUGUACGAGGGCCAGUCCAGGCCGCUGUCCAGCUCGCACAACCUGGAGAUCAGCGACGAGGACAAUUUAGUCGACGUCAGGGUCACCGUCAUCAACGGGCUGCGGCACGGCGAGCUGACGGUUCUCGGGGCGAGGAGGAAGUUCUUCACCCCGUCGGACCUCGACGCCGGCGUCGUCAUUUACCAACACGACGGCAGCGACACCUACAGCGACAACAUCAUUUUCCGCAUGACGGACGGCAAGAACGAGGUGGAGUUCCUGUUUCCCAUCACCGUCGUGCCGAUGGACGACGAGCCGCCCAUUAUAAACGCCAACACCGGCCUGGUGCUGUUCAAGAACCAGAUGAUGCCCAUUUCCCCCCUCAUGCUCAGUGCUGCGGACAUCGACUCAGAGGACUCGACCAUUAAGUUCACGAUCGAGCCUCCAUUUUCUGCAAUCGGAGAGGUGUUGCUGCGCCAGUCUGAAGCACCGGAAGACCCAUCGACCUGGAAGUUCAGUGCAAAGGACGAGGUGUACGAGAAGGUGGUGACGGAGUGGCUUCAGCAGGACAUUACAGAUGGGAAACUGUUCUACAGGCACGUUGGCCCUCACAGCACAGACACGGUCAUGGACCAGUUCGUGUUCCGAGUUCAAGAUGACAACGACCCGCCCAACCAAUCAGGGGAGAGCGCUUUUAUUGUCAAGGUUCUUCCGAUUGACGACAUCCCGCCCGCACUCUUUCUCGGAACCACCUUGCAAAUGACUGUGCACGAGUACCAGUUGACCCACUUCCGCAAAAAAUUCCUCCGGUACACCGACUUGGAUUCAGAGGACAGAGAUCUGAAGUACACCGUCAUCCAGCCGCCGACCGACACAGAUCAGAACAGCCCUAUAAUACUCGGAUCUAUUGUUUUGACGGAAAGCCCUUCGACGGUGGUCACCGAAUUUACCCAGGCGCAAAUAAAUCACCACAAAAUAGCGUACAAGCCCCCUGACCUGGAGCUGGGAAUCACCGCCCACGUGGUGCAGUUUCGCUACACCGUUGAAGACACUGCUGGAAAUAGCGUGGAGGGAGACUUCUCCAUAUUUCUUCAACCUGUUGACAACAAACCUCCUCAGAUAACCAACAGUGGCUUCACGGUCUUUGAACGGGGCACCCAUGUCAUUACGAGCGCGGAACUGGACACCACCGACGCCGACACUGACAGCAAACAGAUAUCGUUCACGCUCACUCAGCCUCCGCUUCACGGUCAGGUCCAGUACUCAUUCACUGACAUGACCAAAGGGGAUUCUUUUAAACUGAAUGACAUUUCUAGUGGCAAAAUCUCUUAUAUUCACAAUGGGGACGAGUCCACAACCGACACAUUUCAGUUGGACAUCAGCGAUGGCAUCCAUGUUGUCACGAUCACCAUCAAGAUAAACGUGAAGCCUAUCGACGAUGAACCCCCCACAAUUAAUCUCCCUGUGGGCACAAUCGGUUCGUACAUCGACGUCUUGGAGAACGGAGCCACAGAGAUCACAAGCAACGUCAUUCAGGGAAGGGAUGAGGACACGGAUGACCUCAGGCUGACCUUCAUCGUGGAAGACCGUCCAUUAUUUGGGGAAAUCCUUGUGAACGGUGUGCCCUCUGAGAGGUUCACCCAGGCAGAUAUUAUCAAUGGCGUGGUGGUUUAUGCCCACACCAGUGGAGAAAUCGGCUUCACCACAAAAGAGGACUUUUUCAAUCUGACCCUCACAGACAUGUCAGACGAAUGGACUGUUGGAGGCAACAAAGUGAAGGGGGUCAGAGUGCAGGUCACCAUUCUACCAUUAGACAGCCAGGCACCAGAGGUCACAGUGGGCACGCAGUUCAGUGUCGUCGAAGGGGAGAAGAACGUCCUUGAGAUCCAGCAUGUGAACGCCGAAGACGUCGACACACCUAAAGACGACCUUCUCUGCACCAUCAUCGUCCAGCCCUCCUCUGGUUACCUUGAGAACAUUUCUCCAGCCCCAGGCUCAGAGAAAUCCAGGUCAGGGACUGCUAUCAGUGCUUUCACCAUUAAGGACAUAAGACAAGGUCACAUAUAUUAUGUGCAGAGCAUUCACAAAGGUGUGGAGCCCGUGGAGGACAGGUUCACCUUCCGGUGCUCCGAUGGCAUUAACUUUUCAGAGAGACAUUUCUUUCCCAUAGUUAUAAUUCCCUCCACUGAUGAAAAACCGGAGAUCUUCAUGAGGGAGUUUGUGGUGAUGGAAGGCAUGAACAUCGUCAUUGACACACCUAUUCUGAAUGGGGCAGAUGCAGACGUCCCAGCGGAUGAACUGACAUUCAUUAUCACCAAGCCACCCAAACAUGGGUUCAUCCUCAACCAGCUUUCCACCGGCACAGUCCCAGUAACCAACUUCACACUCGACCAGAUUAAAGAGGCCUCAAGUAUUGUUUAUGAGCAUGAUAACACAGAGACCACAGAAGACAGCUUUGAUGUAAUGCUCACUGAUGGCAAAUUCACAGUGCAAAAAACCAUUAUUGUCAUGAUAAUUCCUGUAGACGAUGAAACACCCAGAAUGGCAAUUAACGAUGGCCUAGAAAUUGAGAUUGGGGAAACAAAAGUAAUUAACAAUAAAAUUUUGAAAGCAACUGAUCUUGACUCUGAGGAUAGCACUCUGACGUACGUAAUCCGCUACGGGCCUGGGCAAGGCUUCUUACAGAGGAAAACCCCUUUCGGCUUAUAUGAAAACAUUACAGUUGGCAUGAAAUUUACACAGAGUGAGGUGGACCAGGAGCUCAUUGUGUACAUACACAAUGGACAGGAGGGCAUCCGUGACCUCAUUAAAUUCGACGUCACCGACGGCCUGAACCCACUCAUUGACAGGUACUUCUACAUUACCGUAGGCAGCAUCGACAUGGUGUUCCCAGAUGUCGUCAGUAAAGGUGUUUCUCUGAAAGAGGGCGGUAGGGUGACGCUCACCACGGACCUGCUCAGCACCAGUGACCUCAACAGCCCAGAUGAAAGCCUGGUCUUCACCGUCACCAGGGCGCCCGUGCGAGGGCAUUUGGAGUGCACGGACACGCCCGGUAUGCCCAUCACCACCUUCACCCAGCUCCAGCUGGCCGGCAACAAAAUCUACUACAUCCACACGUCCGACGACGAGGUGAAGAUGGACAGCUUCGAGUUUGAGGUGACCGAUGGCUACAACCCGGUCUUCCGCACCUUCCGCGUGUCCAUCACGGACGUCGACAACAAGAAGCCGGUCCUGACGAUCCACGGCCUCGUGGUGAACGAGGGUGAGAAUAAACUCAUCACCCCCUUCGAACUGACGGUGGAGGACCGGGACACCGCCGACCGGCUGCUCAAGUUCACCGUGACCCAGCUGCCCAUCCACGGCAGGCUGCUCUUCAACAGCACCCGUCCCGUCACCUCCUUCACCAAGCAGGACCUCAACGAGAACAUGAUCAGCUACAAGCACGACGGCACCGAGUCGACCGAGGACAGCUUCUCCUUCCUCGUCACCGACGGCACCCACACCGACUUCUACGUCUUCCCCGACACCGUGUUCGAGACCCGCAGGCCGCAGAUGAUGAAGAUCGCCAUUGUGUCCGUGGACAACGGGGUCCCUCAGGUUGUGGUCAACAGGGGCGGCCCGACCUUGCGGAUACUCACGACUGGCCACCUGGGGUUCAUGAUCACAAGCAAGGCCCUGAAAGCGGAAGACAGAGACAGCACCCAUGCUUCCGUGACCUUCAGGAUUACCAUUGGCCCGCUGCACGGCUACAUCAUCAACCUGGGGAAGGGCAAUGCCACGAUCACCACGUUUACACAAGCGGACGUCGAUGACAUGAAGGUCUGCUACGUGCUGAGAGCUGGAGACAACGCCACGAGUGACAUCUUCUACUUCUCCAUCGAAGACAGCGGAGGCAACAAGCUGAAGAACCAGUUCUUCCGUCUGAACUGGGCCUGGAUCUCCCUGGAGAAGGAGUACUACACAGUGGACGAGGACUCCAAGUUCCUGGAGGUGGUGCUGAGGCGCAGGGGCUACCUGGGGGAGACCUCCUUCGUCAGCAUUGGCACCAAAGACGGCACAGCUGAGAAGGACAAGGACUUCCGGGGCAAGUCGCAGAAGCAGGUCCAGUUCAACCCGGGCCAGACCACCGCCACCUGGAGGGUGCGGAUUCUGCCGGACAGCGAGUUCGAGCAGUCCGAGACCUUCCAGAUCGUUCUGUCCGAACCCGUCAUGGGGGCGCUGGAGUUCCCCGAGGCGGCCACCGUGGAGAUUCUGGACCCUUCUGACGAGUCCACCGUCUUCAUCCCCUCCGCCGCCUACGCCGUGGAGGAGGACGUGGGCGAGCUGCUGAUCCCCGUCCGCAGGAGCGGCGACGUCAGCCAGGAGCUCAUGGUCAUCUGCUACACCCAGCAAGUCACGGCGACGGGCACCAUCCCCAGCACGGUGCUCUCCUACUCGGACUACAUCUCCCGGGCGGAGGAGCACACCAGCGUGCUGCGCUUCGACAAGGGCGAGGCGGAGAAGCCCUGCCGCGUGGUCGUCAUCGACGACUCGCUGUACGAGCCCGAGGAGAGCUUCAACGUCACCCUCAGCCUGCCCAUGGGGGGGCGGCUGGGGCGGGAGUUCCCCUCCGCCCGGAUCACCAUCCUGCCCGACCUGGACGACGCUCCUGUCUUCUACUUCGGGGACACGGAGUACCGCGUGGACGAGAGCGACGGGUUCGUGGAGGUGAAGGUGUGGAGGACCGGGACGGACCUGUCCAAAACCGCCACCGUCACCGUGCGCUCCCGUAAGACCGACCCGGUGUCCGCGGAAGCUGGGGCGGACUAUGUGGGCAUCAGCCGGAACCUGGAUUUCGCCCCCGGGGUCAACAUGCAGACGUUCCGUGUGACCAUCCUGGACGACCUGGGCCAGCCCGUCCUGGAGGGGGUGGAGCGCUUCGAGCUGAUUCUGCGGAUGCCCAUGAACGGCAUUCUGGGAGAGCCGGACAAGGCCACCAUCUUCAUCAACGACUCCGUCUCCGACCUCCCCAAGGUGCAGUUCCGGCAGGGGGCGUACGUGGCGAACGAGAACGCGGGCCAGCUCUCGGCCGUGGUGUACCGCAGCGGCGACGUCGGCUACCGGUCCACGGUGCGCUGCUACACCCGCCAGGGCUCCGCCCAGGUGAUGAUGGACUUCAACGAGCGGCCCAACACCGAUGCCUCCGUCAUCACCUUCCUGCCGGGCGAGGUGGAGAAGCCGUGCGUUCUCACUCUGGUCGACGACUCGAUCCACGAGGAGGACGAGGAGCUGCGGCUGGUGCUGGGGAGCCCCAAGAGCGAGUCGCCGUUCGGGGCGUCCGUCGGGGCCCAGAACGAGACCCUCGUCAGGAUAAAAGACGACUCGGACCGGGCCAUCAUCAGGUUUGGGGAGACCAAGUUCAGCGUGAGCGAGCCGAGGGAGGCGGGGCAGGUCUCCGUGGCGAAGGUCCCGGUGCUGAGGGUGGGGGACGCGUCCAAGGUGUCCGUGGUGCGCGUCCACACCAAGGACGGCUCGGCCACCUCGGGGGAGGACUACCACCCCGUGUCCGAGGACAUUCAGUUCAAGGAGGGAGAAACCCAGCACUUCGUGGAGGUGGAGAUCUUGUUCGACGGCGUCCGAGAGAUGAGAGAGGCCUUUACCAUCCACCUGAAACCGGACGAGAACAUGGUGGCGGAAAUUCAGAUGAACAAGGCGAUCAUCUACAUCGAGGAGACCAACAGCAUGGCGGACGUCACCUUCCCCUCCGUGCCCCAGGUGGUGUCCCUGCUGAGGUACGACGACCCCGGGCGAACCCGGGACGCCCUCCCGCCCUCGGCCGGAUACCCCGUCGUCUGCGUUACGGCCUGCAACCCGAAGUACUCGGACUUCGACAAGACGGGCUCCAUCUGCGCCAGCGAGCACAUCAACGACACGCUGACCCGGUACCGCUGGCUCGUCAGCGCCCCCACCGGGCCGGACGGCGUCACCAGCCCCAUGCGCGAGGUGGACUUCAACACCUUCUUCACCUCCUCCAAGCUCCUCACCCUGGACUCGAUCUACUUCCAGGCGGGGUCGCGGGUCCAGUGCGCCGCCCGGGCCGUCAACUCCAACGGGGACGAGGGCCUGGAGCUCAGCAGCAUCAUCGUCACCAUCAGCGUGGAGGAGGGCAUGUGCCAGCCGCGUAAGGUGGGCACCGUGGGCGCCGAGCCCUUCUCCGCCAAGCUGCGCUACACGGGCGCGGACGACCCGGACCACCCCAACCUCAUCAAGCUGACCGUCACCAUGCCCCACAUGGACGGCAUGUUGCCGGUGGUGUCCACGCGGCCCCUCUCGAAUUUCGAGCUGACGCUGAGCCCGGACGGGACGCGGGUGGGGAACCACCGCUGCUCCAACCUGCUGGACCACGACGAGGUGACCACCCGCCACGGCUUCCUGACCGACGCCACCAAGAACCCGGAGGCGAUCGGCGAGACCGCGCCCUACCAGUACAGCGCCCCCCUCAGGGGCGCCGGCACCCUGCGCUUCUACAGGAACCUGGACCUGGAGGCCUGCCUGUGGGAGUUCGUCAGCUACUACGACAUGUCCGAGCUGCUCACCGACUGCGGGGGCACCAUCGGCACCGACGGACAGGUGCUGAACCUGGUCCAGUCAUACGUGACGCUGCGGGUCCCGCUGCACGUGUCGUACGUGUUCCACUCCCCGGUGGGCGCCGGCGGCUGGCAGCACUUCGACCUGCAGUCCGAGCUGCGGCUCACCUUCGUGUACGACACCGCCAUCUUGUGGAAGGACGGCGUCGGCAGCCCCCCUGAAGCCGAGCUGCAAGGUGCGCUGUUCCCCACCAGCAUGCGCAUUAACACGGAGGGUCGCCUGGUGGUCAACUUCCGCACCGAGGCCCGCUUCAGGGGUCUGUUUGUGACCUCACAUUCAGCCUCCACUCUGUCGUCCAUGGUGAUGUGCCCGGACCACCCCGGCCUCACCUUCAACCUGAGCCUGGUACGGAGCGAGCCCACGUACAACCAGCCCAUGCAGCAGUGGACCUUCGUCUCCGACUUCGCCGUCAGAGACUACUCAGGCACGUACACGGUGAAGCUCAUCCCCUGCACGGCUACUCCAUACCAGGAGUACACCUUUACCCCUGCCUGCAACCCCCGGGAACCCGUGACCUUCGACCUGGACAUCCGCUUCCAGCAGGUGAGCGACCCAGUGGCCGCCGAGUUCAGCCUGAACACCCAGAUGUUCCUGCUGUCCAAGAGGACCCUCUGGCUGUCCGACGGCUCCGUGGAGUUUGGUCAGGAGAGCGACACGGCGUUCUCAGAGGGUGAUGUCAUCUACGGCCGCGUGAUGGUGGACCCCGUGCAGAACCUGGGGCACUCCUUCAUGUGCAACAUCGAGAAGGUCUUCCUGUGCACGGGAGCCGACGGAUACGUUCCCAAGUACAACCCCACCGGCCUGGAGUACGGCUGCCUGGCCGACUCGCCCUCCCUGCUCUACAGGUUUAAGAUCGUGGACAAAGCCCAGCCGGAAACGCAGGCCAGGAAUUUUGGGAACGUGGGCUUCAACGCGCUCCUGGCUGUGGACGACCCGGAGGCGUUGCCCUUGGUGAGGCAGCCGGGCUCGGACGGGUUCCGCCUGGACUCCACAGCCCUGUUCCAGGUGUCGGCCGGGAGGGAGUGGUACAUCCACACCAUCUACACCGUCCGGUCCCGCGAAAACGCCAACCGGGGAAUUGGGAAGAGGAGCCUGGAGUUCCACUCGCUGGCGCGGGGCGGAGACUCCGUGCCGGCGGGCGGGUCUCGAGCCAAGAGGUCGACCAAUGAGGCGCCGGAUCUGGCCGGGGAGAUCGGCGAGGAGAGCAACCGCGGCACCAACAUCCUGCACGUCAGCCUGGACCGCGCCCGGCGCGAGCAGGGCCCCGGCGGGGAGGCGGCCUCCGAGGGCGUGGUCCCCCGCGAGGUCAACACGCGGGACAGCGGCGACGGCGACGACGGGGCCGUCACCAUAGCGAGCGCCCUGGUGGGGCUGCUCCUCGUCGUCCUGGUCGUCAUCCUCGCCGUCCUGCUGGCCUGCUCCAAGCAGAGGAAGAGGAAGAAGAAGAGGGACGCGGCCAAGGUCUCGAGCAGCACGGAGCCCAUGAUCGCCACGGCGGCGGGUUACCACGGCAACGACAGCUCGGAGGUCUGACCGGCGCCCGACCACACCGGCCAGCUUUCCACGAAGCUUCUGACCUGCGGUUCGUUUGGCUUCGUAAGUGCCUCACACCUCCACACUGGGAUUAAGUCAGAGAAGUUUAACAGCGUCCCAAACAACCGAGGAGGCUGUGGCUUCAUCGCCAUAUGACCAGUGAACCGAUGACAAAAACUUCAACUGUUGCCAUAACAACAACAACAACAACAACAUCGACGCAAGCUCCUUGUCUACUGCGAGUCAUCCUAUCCGAACCAGAGGCACUCGAUUUGCGAUGGUCUAUUAAUGGUGUUUGUCUUUCCAAAGGACUAUUUUAAUUUAUCCAAAGGUGCUAGAGGCUCUCCUGUUGCUGAAUAGGGGCUGCCCAAGGUUAAGGAUCACUGAGAUGAGAUUAAGCAUUUGGGUCAAUGAAAAGGAUGGGAUUUUUUUUAAAGGCCAUUUAGUCAUGUAAGCACAUUAUUUAUGCUGUAAGAACUCACUGUUGUGUUUUUCACUGUCAGUACACUUCACAAUGUUGUCAACCUUCGAAGUCAAGAUUUCAUGUUGUGCGUUCCUGUGAUGUGUUCAUUUCCUGAUCAAAGCCACGUUCACGUGGAUCACUAGACGGCAGGCGACAGAACUGAAGUUUCGGGACGGUACGGGGAGAAAAAUGACAGGACAGUACGGCAACUAAAAUACACGUUGCUAUGGUGAUGUUGCUCUGUGAUUGUCCUAUAAUACUGGCCAUUUCUAACAUUGAUAGGAAAAGGGGGGUUUGUGCUUGGUGUCGCCCUGUACAGUAUGUAUGUUGAAAAGGCAACUAAAUUCACUUCUUGUUUCAUGUUUCAUGCCCAUAUGGGGCUGUUGUUUUGUGUUUCAUUUGGUUCGGAAUUCCAUUGAAUAUAAUGGUAAAAAGUUAGACAAUAUUUAUCUACGACAUUCUUUGCCGUCCUAAUCAAACUUUGCUGUUGUGCUCUCGUCCACUAUAAUGGUAUCCCGUUUGCCAUCUGCCGUCCACGUGAACGCUGCAUAAAUCACAUUUUCUGAUUCUCUUCACACACCAGAACGAGUCAGACGAAGCUAGCACCUGUCAUUCGAUGUAAGGCAAAUGCUUAGCAUGGAAAGGAAUGCUGAAUAUCAGUGAACUCUGAUGUUUGGAUUGUUAUUGUCUGAAAUAUUACAGAUCAUAUUUUUUGUUGUCGUUGUCAUUUUUAUUUUAUAUGACUUUUUGAAUUAUACAUCCCGUCGCUGUGUGCUGACACCAUGUGGGGGUAACAUUACUGUGGAGGGAUUUAAGUUUUGUCUCUGGUAAUGUACCGUUUCUGCAUGUUUGCUGCUCUUAUCGUUGCUCAUUUUGUAGCUUUGCCAUUUCUAGGAUGUUUCGUAAAAUGCCUUUGGAUUACAUUUCGAUGAGACUGAGAGAGAGAAGCCGCAACCUCUUUCGACCUUCAUAACACAAAGUAUAACAUAUUUUGCCACAAUGUUGUGCGUCAAACUGUUUUGAUACACGUGGCUGCCCAGGUAGAGGCGAGUCCCAGUUUUGAAAAAUUAAUUAUUAUUAUUUUUUUUUUUUUUAAAUAAUCACAUUUUUUGAGAGCACUGCAGUGAUCUGUUCAUCGAGACAGCUGUUCUGCUAUAACGCAGUAACAGACACAGUAGAUCUGCUAGGUACAAAUAAUAUUUUUGUAAGGUGAAGGGCUCAUGCAUACAUUUUCUAAGAGUAACCAAGUUUACUAGGCUAGUACGACCGGACGGAGCUCAUGGCCAAGUUGCUCACACUAUGGGGCUGUGCUGUUGACAUACUGUCGUUGUAUUUGUAAUCCAAGUUAUUUUAAUGCCGUAACACAAUUACAGAAUUAUUCAUUUGGAAUCCGUCAAACUGAACAAAGUGAUUGAGAUUUAUUUACAAGGAAUGCUCACAUUAGCCAGCCAUUGCAUUACUGCCCAGGUGAAAGAUGCAGGGCUCAGCUGGAUCUUGUUUUAUUUCCGCUGUUAUAAAUAUCACACAAGCUAUUCCGCACAGCUUAUCACUUUUGAUUUUAUCACGCUGAUAUACCAUAAUCAUGAUCAUCUUAUUUAUUUUACUACCAUUAGGUGUCCUAACAUAUGAAAUGAUUUACUACUGGGAUUUAUUGACUUAUACUAUCAUGAGUUUUUUUUUCUUCUUCUUUUUUUUCUAUGAACUACAAAGCAAUCAAUUGUCUACUUUUCUCUGGAUGGCCACUAUCAUACAACAGUGGUGAAGCAGUCGAGUCGAUGUCAUUUUGUGAAGUUGUGAAAUUAUUGUCCUCGUUGCUUGGAAAGCUCUGUGAUUUCAGAUUUCUGUAAGUUCGCUGCAAUGCUACGUUGGUGUGAAAUUGCUAAUCAGUUCAGCACAUUCAUAAAAAAAACCUCAUACGAGUCACUGGAAAUUUGUUAUUUUUGCACCUCCGUACGCUGCCAGAACACUUUGAGGCCACCAAUGCCACUGUCUUUAUUUCAAAAUAGGAAUGCUAUGCAAUCUAUGACACGGCAAAUGUAAGAAUAUAGUGCAUUCUAAAAACGUGUGUUUUUGUUUUGCUAAUGUUGUGUAUUUAUGUAACAUUUUGCUCCUUGUUGCUCACCUCGUAUAGACAUUUGGUGCAUUUCACUGUUUCUGACUGAAACCGUAUUGAACACAUGUAUUGCCUAUGUGUGUGUAUACACGUGUGUAUGUAUAUACAUAUGUAUUGAAAAAUGAAUAUAGUUUGGAUGUUUUUGGGGAAUGGUCAGUGUUAAAAUAUUGCCAAUGUACUGUAAGUAUUUGUAACAUAGACCUCUGGAGCAGAGAGAGAGAACGCGGUCUGCAAAAUAAAGUUUUUUUUUUGUUGUUUUUUUUUCAA